AUGGCGCUGCCUACGAGUAAUUUUUUAUUUUUUAUCAUAUUGGUAAAAAUUAAAACCUCGAAUGAAGAAGCUAUCUACUCGGACGUAAUUGAGUAUCAUGGUGGAGAGAUUCCUGUUGCUGAUAAUAUUGAGCAACUGGGAAAUACGAAGACCUCGGUUGUGAUUGGAUUUUCUUUUACGAAAUUACCACCUCAAGUUUUGCGAUGGGGAAGGUUACAAUACUACGUGCUGUUGUCGGAGAGUAUGUCAUACGACGAGGCUCAAAAAUUGAAACUUUCUGCCAAUGUGACGGUAUUAUUUCCCCAAGUCCAGAUUCAAGAAAGGAAGGACAUAUUUUACCGCCCUGGCUCUGACGGAUGGAGCCGGCUAUAAAUCACCAACGUCAGAUUGGAUUCGCUUAAACACAACAACAUUGUUUGAGAUGUGAAUGCAUACGAUAAUGGUAGAUAAGUUUAAAAUGUUCACUAUUCCGAGCAUAAAGCGAUGAGCGUUAAUUGUCAUGGUUUUAAUCACAUUUUUUACUUGGUAGUAGUGAGACGCGUCUGAUAUGAGCUGUUGUCUCUGUUCCAUUUGGCAAUUAGGAUUAAAAGUGGGCGAUUUUACUUCUUUGUUAAAUUGUUUGUGAUCCAAACGAAUUUGAUUAAACUGAAAUAUUGUUAAUUUGAAAAGGAAUAGUGGAAUUGUAAUUCCUUCUAAUGUAUUUAAUUAUUCUUGUAUUAAGUGGUUGCUCAAGUUUAGGGCCAAGUUUGUAACUUUAUAAAAUAUAAUACUUUAUAAAUUUUAAUUUAUAGGACAAUUUAAGCGUGAAUUUACAAGAACAAAACCUUCAAAGCGGGGCCAUAUUGUGGCUCUAAUAAAUAUGUAAUUCAUCGGUACAUUGUUGUAUGAUUGGCAAGAGAGCGACGGUUUUUAGAGAAGCAGCAAACACUUGACUUUUAGACAUCUUUCUGUCCGUAGAAAUGUGUUGC